AUGUUUUGUAUGUACACUUUUAUGGGUGUGGCGUUCACUUAUAUAUAUCAGUUAACAUUUUUUACAGCUGUUAUGGCAUAUAGUGGAAAGCGUGAAAGCAGUGGGUUACACGCAAUCACGUUAAAGCCAGUGCUUGCUCCCGAAUCUGCUGAUACUUUACUCAAAAAAAUAUUUUUUACGGGUAGUAAAUCAACAAAUCUUGUUCAUUCAAAUCAAAAUCUGCAAGAAACAAAGAGUCCAAGAAAUAAACAAAGUAUCAUGCAGAAUGUAGAAUCAAGGUUAAGUACGGAGGAUGGAUAUGACAGCAAAAUCAAAUCAAAUUUUAAUGAGGAAUUUUUUGGAUCAUCCCAUCAAGAUACAGUAAUAUCAAAGUUAUUUCGUGAGUAUUACGCCCCAUUCUUGCUUGACAACUUUACUAAAAUAAUUGGCUGCCUACUAUAUAUUGUGUACAUGUUUUUUGCUAUAUUGGGUUGCUCAAUGGUUCAAGAAGGCUUGAAUCCAAAAUUUUUGGUCUUGGAUUCAUUUUAUCUCAGUAAAUUCUAUAUUCUAAUGGAUGAAACGUUUUGGCAAGAAGGUCUUCAGAUGCAAGUUGUGAUAAAUUCGCCUCCAGAUUUGUUUGACCCCAAAGGACGGCAAGAGUUUCGGGAGAUGCUGGAAGACUUUGAGAAUACUCAGUAUACUAUGCAACAUAAUGCAACAAUGAUUUGGCUUGAUGCCUACGAAAGGAAGCUCGAGGAAGAGCUCAAACUACAAAAAAUACCUCUGCCAAUAUCAAGCCAAGAAUGGUAUGAACGAUGUCGAGAAUGGCUGGUAUCAGCAGGAGGACGACGGCUUUGGGAAAAAGAUUUAGUUUGGGCGAACAGAAAAACUGACCCCGAAUCUUCAUAUUUGGUUGCAUUCCGCUUUCAACUUGGCCUACGAAAUUACAAAACUCCAACAGAUCACAUGCGAAGCGCAGUUUUGAUGCGUAAUAUUGCGCUCAAAUAUAGGAAAUUCAACUACAUUGAGUUGAAGCCAGCAUUGAUUCGGAAUUGCAUUCUGGCACUGCUGGCAAUAUUUACAGUAUCAUUUAUAAUGAUUCCAAGUUGGAUCGCAGCACUUGCAAUAGUCUACUCGAUCUUUAGCAUUGAUAUUGAGUCAAUUCCAGGUUUGAUCGGCUUUAUGACAUUUUGGGGUGUACGUUUAGAAAGUGUUUCCAUGAUUACAGUAAUAAUGAGUAUUGGUUUUGCUGUUGAUUUAUCAUCACACAUUGCUUAUGCUUACGUCAAAUCACACGGUAACCGUAAUCAAAAAGCAACUCAUGCAUUGGAAACUAUUGGAUGGCCUGUUUUCAUGGGUGCAUUAUCUACUAUACUUGGCAUUAUGGUACUCACUACAGUUGAUGCAUAUAUUGUACAAAUUUUUUUCAAGACAGUAUUCCUUGUAAUUACCUUUAGUAUGUUACACGGCUUAGUGCUACUUCCAAUUCUAUUAACGUUUGUUUUACCACAGACGACUAAAACAUCAACACAAUCUAACUUUUGUAAAAAAAAUGGACGCAAACAUGAUAAUAAUAACAGUAACAUUGCUUCCACAUCAACAACUAAUGGUAAAAGUUGCACUGAAAGCACCAAUAAAAAGAUAGCUAUCGUAACUCUCAGGGAUGAUGAUUAUGGAAAUAUUGCCCUCUGA